AUGUCGAAAAUAUUUGAAACAGAAUUGGAAUUUUGUGAGAUAUGUGGCUCAGUUUUACCUUUACCAGGUGAGACAAUGUUUAUUGAAUGCAAAAGAUGCCAGAACAAAAUCAACGUGAAAGAAUUCCAUGGUAUUGAAAAUCAUUCAUCUCACAUUUUCAAAUCUUAUGACACAAGCACAAAUGAUAAAGAAGAUGAGCUAUCUGGUCCCACGGUUGAACGCAAGUGUUCAAAUUGUGGCCAUGAAGAAAUGAUAUUUAAAGCUCAACAGACAAGGUCAGCAGAUGAAGGUCAAACUAUAUUUUAUACAUGCAAAGAAUGCAGACAUCAAGAAAUCGAGUAUUCCUGA